AAUCACUAUAUGACAUUAAGAAAAAGAAAGAAAGGUCAAGACUUAGAAAGUUUUUCAGAUUUAAACAUUAAUAUUCCUGGCUUUGUAGGAAAUAUUUCAUCGAGAAAACUGACGACCUUUAUAACUGCAGGGCCUCGUUUACAUCAAUUACUUGAGGCACUCAAUAAUAAUUGGGCGCUUCUAGAUAUAAUUGAUGAUGUUAGUAUUACAUGGUUAGAGAAUAUUAGAAAAGAUGAAUGGGCUGCUUUUAUUAAAAAUAUUAAAGGAUAUUAA